GAGGUCAAUCAAGGAUCUGCAUUCUCUGCCACAUGGGGACCCUGGCUUCCCCAUUAGUGCCACUGCUGCCUCUGAGGCCUGGGCUAAGGGCAAGGCCACAGGGACCCAGACUACCCCCAUGUGGUGAGAAGGAGACCAUCAGGGCUGUUGCAUAAGUUCACUCAGAGCCAAGGGCAAAGCUGUCCGUUCAGACUUUUCGACCGACACUGCGAGAGGGAAAUUGGGGUUUGAGGCAUGGCCGGAACAGGCACCCAGCGGGGAAGGAAGGAUGAGCAGGUUUUCUGGGAAGGAAGAGGAUCAUUUGUGGAGCCCAGGAGGUGUACAAGAUCCUCCUGAGCAGUUUGGGACUCGUGACAUUUUCCUGUAGGAAGCGCGUUCCCCCUUCAUCCACGUGGCCCAACCCAUGACAUCAGCGGAAUGGAAGCACAUCACAGGUGACGUCACUGUUGCCCAAGGCAACUCCUCCACCUUAAGUUAAACUGGGAGAAACGAGUACCACCCAACUGUAAGACACGUAUUGAAGGGAAGGCCCCCUGGAGGCUGAGGCGUAACAUCCACAGGCACUCUGCAGAAUAUCAUGGCAAACAGGCCCACCCGGGCCCUAGAGGAGCUCACAGCAAAGAAGGCAAUGGAGUAAGACCAGAACUCAGGCACCACAGGAUACACCGAGGAGCCAGUGGGGUCCAGAGUCACAGGCCCAGCAAGGGGUCUGGCUGCUCUGCUUUCUUUCUACUUGUGUGACCUUGAGCAACUGAUCAACCUCUCAGCGCCUUGGGAUCCUGCCUGGGAAACAGGGCUGCUGCACCGGAAAGCUGCUGCCAUGGCGCUGGGGCUCUUCCGGGUGUGCCUGGUGGUGGUGACGGCCAUCAUCAACCACCCGCUGCUGUUCCCGCGAGAGAACGCCACAGUCCCCGAGAACGAGGAGGAGAUCAUCCGCCAGAUGCAGGCGCACCAGGAGAAGCUGCAGCUGGAGCAGCUGCGCCUGGAGGAGGAGGUGGCGCGGCUGGCGGCCGAGAAGGAGGCGCUGGAGCGGGUGGCGGAGGAGGGCCAGCAGCAGAACGAAAGCCGUGCCGCCUGGGACCUGUGGAGCACCCUCUGCAUGAUCCUCUUCCUGGUGAUAGAGGUGUGGCGGCAGGACCACCAGGACGGACCCUCACCCGAGUGCCUGGGCACAGAUGAGGAUGAGCUGCCCGGCCUGGAGGGCGCCCCGCUCCGGGGCCUCACCCUGCCCAACAAGGCCACGCUCGAACACUUUUACGAGCAUUGCAUCCGAGGGGCCACAGCUGACGCCGCCCGCACCCGGGAGUUUGUGGAAGGCUUCGUGGAUGACUUGCUGGAAGCCCUGAGGAGCCUGUGCAGCCGGGACUCAGACAUGGAGGUGGAGGACUUCAUCGGCGUGGACAGCAUGUAUGAGAACUGGCAGGUCAACAAGCCACUGCUGUGCAACCUCUUUGUGCCCUUCAUGCCCCCGGAGCCCUACCACUUCCACCCAGAGCUCUGGUGCUCCAGCCGCUCCGUGCCCUUGGAUCGCCAGGGCUAUGGCCAGAUCAAGGUCGUCCGGGCCGACGAGGACACGCUGAGCUGUAUCUGCGGCAAGACCAAGCUUGGGGAGGACAUGUUGUGUCUCCUUCACGGCAAGAACAAUGUGGCACAGCCCAGCAGUGAGGCAGGAGACCCCCUGUGCGCCCAAGACUCCCCUUACCUGGACACGAUGCGAGUCAUGAAGUGGUUCCAGACGGCCCUCACCAGAGCCUGGCACCGCAUCGCCCACAAGUAUGAGUUCGACCUGGCCUUUGGCCAGCUAGACACCCCAGGGUCCCUCAAGAUCAGGUUCCGCUCAGGGAAGUUCAUGCCCUUCAACCUGAUUCCUGUGAUCCAAUGUGAUGACUCCGACCUGUACUUUGUCUCUCACCUUCCCCGGGAGUCUUGCCUCGGGACCUCGGCAUCGAGCACCGAUUGGCUCCUGUCCUUUGCUGUCUACGAGCGCCACUUCCUCAGGAUGACAUCGAAGGCGCUGCCGGAGGGCGCCUGCCACCUCAGCUGCUUGCAGAUUGCCUCCUUCUUGCUCUCCAAGCAGAGCUGCCUGACCGGCCCCAGCGGGCUGAGCAACUACCACCUGAAGACCGCCCUACUGCACCUCCUGCUCGCCCGGCGGCCCGCCGACUGGAAGGCUGGGCAGCUUGAUGCACGUCUGCACGAGCUGCUCCGCUUUCUGGAGAAAAGCCUUCUGGAGAAGAAGCUCCAUCACUUCUUCAUCGGCAACCGCAAGGUGCCCGAGGCCACGGGGCUCCCUGAGGCCAUGCGCAGGGCCGAGCCUCUUAACCUCUUCCGGCCCUUCGUCCUGCAGCGAAGUCUCUACCGAAAGACGGUAGACUCCUUCUAUGAGAUGCUCAAGAAUGCCCCAGCACUCAUUAGCGAGUACUCCCUCCAUAUCCCCUCAGACCACUCUAGCCUGCCCCCAAAAGCUGUCAUCUUGUAGAGCAUCCAGGACCCAGAGGGCCAGGACUCGGGGCAUCCUGAUGUCCACUCCCCUGGGGGCAUCUGCAAGCCCUGUCCUGGGAAAAUGGCAGGCGUUGUAGGGUGCCGUGGCUCAGCCUGCAGGGGAAGCCAGAUCCUAUAGCACAGAGGAAAUGAAAUUUCAAGCCGAAGCUGGUUUGCUUUCAUGCCACUGGGGCCUGUUGGUGAAGCUGUUAUCUGGAUCUGGGGACUGAUUCUUUGCAGCUUACUUUUGGAUCACUACCAGUGGCCAAGGUGAUAACAGAACUCUUUGGACACUGAGUUGCAGACAAUGCAGACAUAAUUUGGGUGUGAUUCUUUUUACAUCCCAGAUUCAAUCUCUACUUGAAUAUCAACAGAGGAGGUACAGGAAUGCUAACAGGAACCUAUGUUAACACCUGCACCCUGAUUUCCAGUAACCCUUGGCCCCAGGCAUCUGCAACCAAAUGAUGGGGACCAUUGUGGGAAUUUGCAACCUUCCAUCUGCAGCCUGCACAAUAUGGGUCCCCACUGUGGCUGCCAUUUUUAUCCUAUUUGGAGAACAGACCAAGAAAGAUUCAAAGCCCCAAGAGGCUAAUGUCUCUGUUGCACAAAAGUGGGUACUCGGUGGCAGAGAAAAGUUUAAAUUGACCGCUUUUCCAACCACAGGUCUCACUCAAGGUGCACCCCCCCCCCGCCUUCUCCCCCAGGAUGCUGUGUCCUGAACCCUGUGGGUACCACACAUCAUGCUAGGUGCAAGCUCAGUGGCCCCUCACCCCAGGUUGUUCUCCCCACAGCUGGUCUCUCUGACCACCAGUAUGUUGGGACUUGGAGUCACACACUGGAGGUGGAACAUGAUAGAGAAAGAGGCAAAGGGCAGAGCCUGGUACCCGGGUGCUGGGGUCUGGCUUGCAGCCUGGCUUCUGUUUGGAGAAGGUCGUGGAGCUGCGAGGUGAGGGGUGCCGUAGCCCUGAGUUUUCCUCAGGGCCCCGAUCUUAGAGCACAGUGUGCCCGGAAGCAAGACCUGCUGUAGAAACCCAGCCCCACGCGCAGGCCCCCCGAUCCCCUCGGCUCUUUGCUCUAGUGGGGCUUCCUCACGGCACAGAACCCCCUCUUUCUGGUAGGCCUUGCUGGCCACACAGAUGGCCAUCACCCAAAAGCCAGACAGAGGCCCGGUUGACCGGGACACACAGGGACAGACUGCAAGCACAGCACUCAGGCCUCGGAGAGGCUGCCUUGGCACUGCCGGGCAGAAGUCCCUGGGCAGCCACCAGAGCCUGUGGUCAGAGCUGGCCUUGGGCUGCAGGCCUGCUUCAGCGGUGCUGGGAGGCCGCUCCCUCCUCCAUUUGUGGCUUCACUGGCCCUUUGGGAGUGCCUCUCUUGGCAUUGCCUCGGUAACCCUUGCAGAAGACCAAGGAGGAAGCAAGAACAGGCGCUCCUUCCCCAGGACUCACUCCUGGGCUGAAGCUGGCCGUGCCUCCCAGAGGGCAUCCAGUUCCUCAGGGGUGUGGGGCUUACCGUGAACUGAAGAAAGGAUCCUGUCUCUACUCCAGGAGUGCUCUCACAUGGCCUCAGAGUAUUCUAGAAGAUGGACAGUUUUGCCUGACAGGGUUGAUUCACAGCGGAAGGCUGGUCUGUGAUGGGGCCCUGAAGCCCAUAGAAGGCCCUCCGUUUGAGCUGGGGUUCGACUGAGCAGCACCUGGGUCUGCCCCUUCCCAGGCCCAUGUGGUCCUCCAACCAUAGCCCCAAGCGCCCCAUUCCACAGGGAUUUGUUUCCAGAGUCGGGGUGAAUUUCCUUAUUUAUUGUCACCUGUGCCUUUCCUUUCCCAUCUUCAUCCUCAUUUGAUGGCUUUGAAGAGACCCCAGCAACCAAGAACCAGCUUCCAGAAGCCACAACCAAGCCUAAAUCUCCCCCCCCACCCCCAAUUUCCCCUCUUUGCUUCCAGGAGAAAGUUCACUGAAAAAUUACCUUUUGGCCUCUUGUUUAUCCAGUGGCAACAACUCAGAGGGGAAAUGGGGAUCUUUUAUGCACCAAAGCUGCUUCUGAAGCAGAAAGCAGUGGGGCUCUUGGCCUUUCAUGCUGCCCUAUUUAUAUUAAAGGACGAAUUAAAUUCUUGCAAGGAGAAGACACUGGUCACGGUGUUUGUUUUUAACUUCAGGAAAUCUGUGAGAUUCCCAGGGCAGAGCUGGCGAGGGGGUGGGUUUCCUAUUGACGAGCAGAAGCUUUCACUCCCUUUUUAUUCUUAUGCUUUCAGGAAACUUUAAAACAUAGCAAAAUAGAAUAUUUCUGGCCCAUCUUUGAAGCAGCCUGCAGAGUUCCAGAAAGGGCCUUUGAAAGCCAGCUAUAGGGUGGAUUCUGGCACAAAACCUUAUUUCACAGAGAGCUGGUGUGUGCAAAGAAUGUCGAGCCUGGGAGUAAUGUGAAGUUUUGGGCUUGAAGGAAAGAGGUUGUCUUUUAAACAGAAGAAGUUCUAGUCUUUUAGGACACGUUAAGCCUUUCCACUGAGGACAACUUUCUCCGAGGAAUCUCUUUCCUUCCCAAGGAUGCUAGACUUUACCCAGCAUCUGCUCACUUCCUGUGCCAAACGUCCCAGGACUUUUGCUGCGCCUCUUGAUAAAUGAAAUGAUUAGGGCCAGCCUGAAGCCACAAGCUUGGUCAGGUUGAAGGAGGGCCCCACCUCCUCAGAAGCCCCAGCCCCUCUCUCGGGCUUGUCAAAGUACAGCCUGGGUUGAGAACUUGGGCCCAGCACUUUGGCUCAUAAUACAGGGUGUCAUCAGAAUCAUGUGGAGAGUUGGGUCAAAUGCCCAGACCCCACCUUGAACCUCCGUGGCGCCCAAUAUGACUCUAUUUUUAAAGCUCCCUCAAGUGACUGAUGACACUCCUGGUGAAGGAUGGCUUUUCACUUCCUUUCCAAAUGGAAAGUUAAAGAAAACCCAAGUGGACUGUUUUCCCUACCAAACUGCUGGAAGGUAGGCUUGGUAGAAGCUGGUGAGCCUGCUUGGGAUCCGUGGUCCAGGUGGCAUCAGCUACAUCACAGGCAUCCGUGGGCACACCCACACUCACACUAAUGGUCUGGGAAACAGAGAGAGGAUGGCAAGGUAAAAGCUGCAAAGUGUGAAGAGCCUCCCCAAAGAAAAUCAAAUCAUCACGAUGGUCAUUCUGUCACCAGAUGCCUGUGUUCCAUUCACCUGAGCCCAGGGGUGGUUUAUUUCCUCCUGCACAAUGUGGGGCCUCUGCUUUAGAGGAGGGAACCAUAUACACCUCAGAGAUGUUCAAAGAUACUUCUUUUCUCGAUGGUAAAAGGUAGGUCUUAAAAGUGCAAGGUGAGAUUGGCAGGACAGGGGUCGGGUAGGGAAUUGGGAAGAAUUCAGUCCCAUCUGUUUCUUUAAAACCCACCGAUUAAUGAUAUUUAAGGUUUCUCUUAGGGUAACUUUGUUAAAAAUAGAAAAAGAAAGCACAGACCCACUUCCUGCCACUCCUCACAAGCUGUCUUCCCAACUGACCAGAGGUGACUCACAGCCCCCAUGGCCUCGUUUCUCACCUGGUCCUGGAGAGUGGACUGAGCUGUGCUAGACCAAAAGUCCCUCGGGACAGUGGUCGGGCCUCCAAAGGCUGAAAAUGGCCUCAGCCCUCUCCCAAAAGGCACAAUUAGUGCUGAAUCAGCCCUGCCGGGAGCUGAACCUGAAGGUCAGCCCUGGGACUCCCAGCCAGAGACAAGCCUGUACAAACCCCAGAUUCCUGAAACCCAGGAAUCAGGACCAACCAAGGCAACAACAGAAGACUUAUGUGGAGCCAGAUUCCAGGUCAAGGAGGUUGGUGGCGUUCAGCCCUCUUGAGAGCUCAGCUUCCACCAAAACAGUUCCUAAGAAGCCCCCUCACACGUUUGUUUCCUCCUCACAGCAUUUUGUAAUCCACCAGGCAGAGAAGCUACUGAAGCCCCAUCCCUCCAGGAUGAGACAAGACCCCAAGCAAGACUGCUCAGCCUGGAUGUUGAAGGAUCCAGAGAGAGGCGAGGAAGGAGGACUCCCUGCCUUGUCUCCAUAUGCCCACUCAAAACUGGAGGCGCACCUGUGAGGCUCGGCCCACUGGGGGCCCAGACUGCUCCCACAACAAAGCUGUGCAAAGACCAAUGAGACUCAGAUUCCAUACAGGUCAGAUGGCACAGGGGCUAAGAGCUUGGGCUGCGUGUUCACAUCCCAGUGUGCCGUGCCCUAGCUCAGCAAGUCUCAUAUUUCUACGAGCUUUGGUUUUGCCUCGCCUUAUUCUAUAAAAUGGGAGUAAUGCUGCCUGUCUCAUAGAGCCAUUGAGAAAACUGCACGAGAGAGCACGUGUGAGGCACUUAGCUUGGGGCCUGAUGAAUAAUAAAUGACAACAAGAUGACAGCGGCUAUUACCGCGCUCUAGGAGGGCUCCUUACGCCAAAUUCCUGCUUCGUGGAUCCCCCGUCAGUGAUGAGGCUGUCUCUCAAGUAACUCCUCCCACCACCCUUGACUGAGUGAGUCUGUCUUCCCUCCGGGCUCCCUCAGCGCACAGCGCAGGACCUGCAGGAAUGAAUUCCUCCCCGCCCAGGGCCAGGUGCAUGCGUAGGAAAUGUGCACCUAACCAGAGUGGGCCUGGGGCACUGGCUUCAGUUGGGGAAUAAGGAGGGGUCUCUUGCCUUGGCCCCUCUGACCCUUCUGCUCUCCUAGUCCCUUUGUGGAAGAGCCAGAGCCCAGACCAGCAGUUCCCAUAGCAGCAACAGAGCCAGAAAGAGGGUACCAGGCAGGGCAUCCCUGCUUCUCAGGCAAUCAGCUGCCUCUUCUGGACAGCAAAGCAGGGAAUUAGCUGUGAGAGCUGCCUCACAAUGAGCUCCCUGGAAGGGGUCCAGAUUUCUGUUAUCCGUACGCCCCUUCAUUCCAUCAUUCAUUCAGUCAUGUAUUUAUGUGUUCACUCCUUCACAAAACACUACUGAGUAGCUGUCACUACUGUAUGCCAGGCACUGUGCCAGGUGCUCAGAAAACAAAGUUCAAGUGAGACACUAUCCCUUAUCCCUGCCUUAAGAGAGCUCCCAGACUAGAGAGGAAGUACAAGGGGAGGGCAGGAGGCAAGGGGGUUCUGGUGAAGGGGAAGCAGAGGAGUGUAGGGGUUAAGAGCACAGCCUCUGGAGUCAGCUGCCUGUGUUUAAACCCUGGCUCUGCCCAUUACUGGCCAUGUGACACUUGGGCGAGUUACUGCAUCUCUAAGCCUCAGUUUACCCACCUGUAAAAUGGGGGUAAUUAGUACUUCCCUUAAAGUCUGUGAGGUGUAACUAGUAUAUGUAAAGCACCUGACAGACAGCAGACACUCAGUAAACAGGUUUCCUAUUGUUCUGACUCUACCCUGGGAUUCCCUCCACACACUCAAAGCCAGUUUUAUUUUUUUAUUUUUUUAAUUGGAGUCUAGUUGAUUUACAAUGUUGUGUUCGUUUCUCGUGUACAGAACAUUGAUUCAGAUAUAUAUAUUCACAUAUAUAUAUAUGUAUGUAUGUGUGUGUGUAUAUAUAUAUAUUUCUUUUCAUAUUCUUUAUCAUUAUAGGUUAUUACAAGACACUGAAUGUAGUUCCCUGUGCUAAACAGUAGGACCUUGUUUAUCUGUUUUAUAUAUAGCAAAGUCAGUUGCAGAUUAGAGACCUCAGCAGAGCCCCAGCUAACUCUUCCCCUGGCCUCCAGGUUAAGCAGCCCCCUGUCACUGUACCUGGGACAUCUGUGUGUGCCCCAGCCCCUGCUGCCAUCAGAUUAUCAAAACAGUGUCCAGGUAAAGUCCUCAAAGGGGGCCUUUCUGUUUAGCACAUGAAGUACUGCUUGUUUCAGGAUGAAAUUUUUUUUUUUAAUGGAGGUACUGGAGGUUGAACCCAGCUAAGCACAUAUUCUACCACUGAGCCAUACCCACCAUCCCAGGAUGGAAUUUUUAAAAUACCUCCUGCCCUGAUCAUUUACAGGGUUCCUCCUAUGGGAGAAAUGCCCAGAAACAUGCGCGUGCACGCGCACACACACACACGCAAACACAAACACACCGUUGAGAAGUUUUCUAUACCCCUGAUAACCCAAAUAUUCCACAGCUUUGGAAGUAGAAGCCCAGAUUUAGCAAAGGCUGCUCCUGCUAACAAACAUGCACCCUCCUGGCUUCCCAACCCCCAGGUCCGGUGCUGCUGGGAAAGGGCGGCCACUAUUCAGGCCCCCCCCCAACCCCCCCCCCACCCCUGGUGGGCAGCACAGUCAGAGUUUCAAUCUCUUAGUCCCUUGGCCUGUAAAUGGCUCUUUCCUGCUGGCUCCCAGCCAGGAAGCUGACUUUUGCUCCUCACACCCUCCAAGGGAGGCCGUCUGCUACUGACAAAGUGGGCUGGGACCCUUGCUGUCUGCGAGGGAAUUCUUGGCUGUGGUGAAUCCUGCAAAGAAAAUGACAGGGCAGAGCUUCCCCCAGUUCUUUCCUGAAGCAUGUCUGUAAUCCUGUCCACAAGCCACAGGGUCCCAGGAGGUUUUGUGUUCCCUGCCACAUCCUAGCUGCCUAGUACCUGGGCAGGCCUGCAGACAUUUCAAAUCCCUCACACUUGAACCCCCUGAUGGCAAUAACAUGCUCCAAGAGGGCAGGAAAGCUGGAUUCCGAGUACUCCUCCAUAACACAGGAGAGGAUACUGAUUUUACCGUCAUCAACGUGGCAAGCUUCCAAGAUUCACAAUAUUAAACUAGGCUUGGGGUGAGGAAUGCAGAGUAGGGGAGGGAUAAAAGUCCCAGCUUCCAAGGGCUCACAGGUGAUCUGAGACUAAACCCACACACGCAAGGCAACCAGAAAGCAACUCCAAAUCAUGGAUUAGGCUGUGUGCAAUUGUGGGACAUCUUGUUCCACAAAGUGAUGAGAGAAUAAACGCAGGGUUCAAGUCUGAUCAACCGCAGAAGCCUCACCGUGGUAAUAGGUUUGCUGGCCAUUCACUGAGCAGUUUCCCGGCACGGGCUGAGUCCUUCCAUGGAUGGACCCAUCAUUCUUAAACCACCCUAUGCAAUAGGUACUUAGUGGUCCCAUGUUACAGACAAGAAACUGAGGCUCAGAGAAGUUAAGCAACUUGCCCACGGGAUUUGAUGCGUGUCAGAGAUAGGUUGUGAACCGGGUACCUCUGACCACACAGUCCUCUUCUUAUCUAUGAUGGUACACUACCUCUUGGCACAAAGAAGGAUUCUUAUCUGAACUUUGCAAGGAAAAAAUUGGUUGGAAAAAAAAACAAAUAGGAGGCUGCCCUGAGGAAGAUUAGAGAGUGGAGGAAACAGCAUUUGCAAAGGAUCAAGAGCUCUGACAAGCUAGAUGCGAGCAAGAUAUUUGAGAAGACCAAACGCCCAGGCUUCCUGGGACUCACAGAGGUAGAUGAAUGGGAACUGGGGCUCCUGGGUGGGCAUAGUGUUCAGUGUGUGUAUGGGGUGGCGGGAGGCCGAGGAGGAGCUGGAGGCUAGUCAGUGAGAAUCAGCUUGGGCUGGAUAUUUGGUUGUUUGUGAACUUUAGAUAACACACUUUGGAUACACACUUUAGAUAAGAGACUUUUGAUAACAAAGGGAGCCAGGCUGACAUAAACCAUGGGAGAGGCCAAGGCAAAGCAGCAAAGUUCCCCCUCCAUCAAGAAGGUCAUUGACUUUGACAAAGGAAAUGCGGACCAGGUGGGACAGGAGGUGAGAAAUUAAGGGAGAAACACACCCCCACCCUCACCCAAGCUUGGAGGAGCAAUAUGGCGGUACGCACGGGACGUUCCUGCAGCAGGGAAGAUGCACUGUCUUGGACUUGAUCGUUCAGAUUUAAUCCGCUCUGAUGCUCACAGCCACUCUGCUGUCUGCGCUCAGAGAAGUUUGGAGCUAGAAGGAAUCUCAAGUAACAUUGAGUCACCACUCCCCCUACACCCCACCACCGCCACUGCCAGCUGUCCUGGCCAUCCCAUCCCACCCCACCCCAUGUCAGGAUGUAAGUGGACUCAGCCCAGGUGGGCUCCAGUCCAGGACCUCUAUGGAAUGGAGUUCAUACCACCUCUGGUCAUCAGUUUUGAUGUUAACAUCAUCUGGGACAAUGAGGCUCUCUCAAUGCUGUGGUUUAAACUAUUUUUCUCUUUUUCCUUAUCUGCAGGACAUAGGGGACAGAUUUCACCUCAAACCCAUAGCUGAACGUGCUUUUGUAAGAUACACUCCAGUUGUUAACAGUGGUUAUCUCUGGGACAUGGGAUGAUGGAAGACCUCCUGUUUCUCUUUCUUGUAUUUUUUUAACCCUUAUGUAUUAUUUCUGUACCCUCCCCCUCAGAUAAAAGAGGUGGUAUUUUGAAAGCUCCUCAUGCCUCUUUUCUCCAGGCUAAAUGCUUUGAGUUUCAUCCAGAGGUUGACAAUUCAGAUUCCUCUGUGGCUCAGACGGGUGACAUAAAGGAAUGAGAAGGAAGUAGAGGAAGGCACUGCAGGUGACACUGGCCAGCUGCAGAGAGCACAUCUGGCCAAAAAGCUUUCAAAUCCCAAACUGGGCUGGGGCCCCGAGCCCGCAAACUCCCCAUGAGCACUUCUCUCCAUCCUUUAUUUCCUGGUUCUCCAAGCUUCCUAAAUUAGCAUGCGGAGCCCCGGAAGAGAACAUCUCAGGAUUUGGCCACCCAGAGACACGCUUUUAUCUGUUGGGUCAACAGCAGUCUCAGUCCCAUGCCAAACACUGGCCAACAUACAGGAUUUACACCUGCAAAGAUGAUCAGUCCCCGAGUCCCAGGAGAGGCCAAGCAAGCAUCCCAGGGAAAUGUGACUAGCAGACCUCCCUCUGCGUUGGCUCGGGUGCCAUGGCAACAGAGAGCUCCAUCCCGAGCAGAUGGCACGGCAGACUGCCCCAUCACGUGGCGCCUGUUCUAGCAGACCAGGCUACCUCCCCAAGCAGGCUUGCUUUGUCCAGCUGGCACAAAGUCACACUGGUAACUAUUUACAUGAGUCAAAAUCCUCCCAGAGGCAGCAGAUGGCUGGGCCGGGCUGAAACGUGGGGAGAGACCGGGCUGGUUUGGGCUGGGUCAGAGGCAGGAGCAGCAGACAGCUCCUCUGUGGGCACCGACAAAUCCAAACAUCACUCCUGCUGCUGCCUGGAGGCUGGGAAAAGAUCUGGCGUGAACAAAGCUGAAAUGAUCACAGACUGAUCCCAAGACCCUGAGAUAAAAUGGCAUUGGACUGGCCUGUCCCACUCCUAAGGCAUCUGCUGGCAUGCCUGGCUACCCUUUUGGGCUCUUUGUCAUCUUCAGUGGUGGGCACUGCCAGAUGAACACAGCCAAGGUGCCACAUCAGGCCAAGAGAAGCAUUCCUGUAAUUUGGUGCAGUCCCCAUGGAGAACAAUAUGGAGAUUCCUAAGAAAACAAAAAACAGAGUAGCCAUCCCAGCUAUCCAGCAAUCCUGCUCCUAGGCAUAUAUCCGGUAAAGAUGAAAACUCUACUUUGAAGAUACAUGCACCCCAACAUUCAUAGCAGCACUAUUUACAAUAGCCAAGACGGGGGGUGGGGGGAGGGUGUAGCUCAGUGGUAGAGCACGUGCCUAGCGUGCACGAGGUCCUAGGUUCAAUCCCCAGUGCCUCCACUAAAAUAAAGAAAUAAGUAAACAAACCUAAUUACUCACCCCUAAAAAAAAGUUGAAACUACAAUAGCCAAGACAUGGAAACAAUCUAAAUGUCCAUCACAGAUGAAUGGAUAAAGACGUUAUGGUAUAUACACACAGUGGAAUCUUACCCAGCUAUAAAAGAAGAAUGAAAUACUGACAUUUGCAGCAACAUGGAUGAACCUAGAGAUGAUCACACUAAGUGAAGUUAAGUCAGACAAAGACAAAUAUGGUAUCACUUACAUGUGGAAUCUAAAAAAAAAUACAAAUGAACUUAUUUUCAAAACAGAAACAGAUUCACAGACAUAGAAAAAAAAUUUAUG